UUUUUUUAUAUCUACAGUGUCUCUAAUACGCCGUCCUACUAUUUUAUAUAUUCAUCGAAUAAAAAUGAUCUAGCGUAUCACCAAUAAUUCAAACUUGUCACUUAUUCAUUUGUGACGCAUUCCUGUUUGUUUCUAACGUCUCAUGUCUGCGCAUGCGCACCUUGCCGGGAAUCGGAACAUGACAGUUUAAAAACAGCAGACACUUUAACUGGAAGAAGCAGGCUGGUUUUGUCUGUAUGAGUCCAUCCAGGCGGCACCAGGAAGACCGCUGGGGAUGAUGGAGGACUGUCUGGGCUUCCAGGCGCAAAUCGCCUCGGUAAUAGAGAUUCUGGCCAAUUCGGCGGUGGUGGAAAUCUGCAAACUGGUGGACGCUGGCUAUGCGGCUCUGCGCUCCCAGAUGGACCUGGAGCUCGACAAGAGCCAGAAGGAGAACGAUGCCCUGCGGCAGAGGCUGCAGGAAAUGGACGUGAAGAUGAGGAGCUGCGAGAAGAGGCUGAGGAGGAGCCGCCAGCGGGAGGAAAUGUACGCCGUCCAUUUGAAGCCUGGCGAAGUUUCUGGCAACCAUCAGCCUCUGUUGGCGAAUCUACCUGCAGCAUCUGAAGACGUAACAUUUCAUCAUGUCUCACAGCAAGAAGAAGCUAAGCUAGCCUUGCAGAAACAGGUGAAAAAGGAGCGAGAAAGCUGCAGCCUGGAUGUGAAGGUGGAGGUCAACAUCAGCACCGACUGUGGCGACCUUUCUUCUGCCCGGGAUGAGAGUGAAGAACCUCCUCCUGCUGACAUCGUCACCGACUCCAGUACCAGCACCUUGUUGUCCUCCUUGCAGUCUUCUCCGUCUCCCACUGACGCCACAAUAGAUCUGACCUUCAGACCUCGAGCAAAGCGGAAGGCCAUGAAACCUUUGAGCAGCAGUUUUCCCGCCAGCAGCGUUGGCGUUCAAAGCCCCGUUAGCAGGGAGUUUACCAAGUGCCUUCCAGGCAGCGAAAUGAAGCCAGAGGAAACUACAAAUGACAGCCUUCAUCCUUCUAAUCUGGCAGCUGCUGUGAAAUCAGAAGAACCAGGCGCUGACCUUAACUUGGACCUGGAUCUGGCCUGGAUGCAGGAGCGGGUCAGCCAUCUUGGUGCAGCUUAUGCAGUUGCACACCUGGGUUUGGGGAACACAAACCCUGCUUCGUCCUCCUUUCCUUCGCAGGGAGAGGCAGACGCUAUAGAAGGUCCAAUGGCCGUCACUCAUGAAGUGGCUGCUUUUGCGCCAUCUUUUGACAUGGCUGCCGUCAUCGCCGCUCCACAUCCUCCUCCGCCCUCCCACUGCACAGGUUCUGCAGCUGGAACACCUAGCCAGCGGCGGCCGCCCAGGAACGGCGCUGCGUUUAGCAAGGAGCUGCUGGUGUGCGCAGUGUGUCGGCUCGUCUUCCCAAACGCUGCUGCCCUGGAGCAGCACCAGCAGAUUCACACGGGGGAGAGACCGUACACCUGCCCCCACUGUGGGAAAGGGUUCGCCCAGCCUAACAACCUGAGGGUCCACCUUCUUGUCCACACUGGUGAGAGACGCUACCGCUGUACACUGUGUGGGAAAAGCUUCAUCUCUUCAAGUCACCUGAAGAGGCACCGCACAGUUCACACACAGGAGAAACCCUACAGCUGCUCCCGCUGUGGACAGUCCUUUAGCCAGAUGUGUAGCGUUCGGAGACACCGGCAGCAGUCCCAGUGUGGCAUGUAGAUGGUGUUUAAUCUUCUCUUAACCCAGACUCUAAAUAUUCAGUCUUCUGUGUAUCUGUGUGUGUUAAUCGAUCGUCUGCUUGAACAAAGGACAUUAGACUUAACUCUAUCUGCUACUUCAUGACUGCUGGGUUUGUUGUUUUCAAUGGUGUUGUCUUAACGCAAAUUAUUCUGGUCUCCAAAACAUUUUCAUGUUCAUACUUUUAAAUGGACAAAGUGAAAAGAUUACUUUUGUUACCCAAAUAGGUUCCUAACUGUGAGGCGCUGUUUGUAGAGUUACAGUCAGAAAUUAAGAGCAAUAAUUUCAGUUAUUUAGCCUGUCAGAGGAAAAACUUGGGAGUUCAUUUUUCAACUAUUCAUUUAUAAAUGUCAGAAUUUGAAACUAAAUAUUUAAUUAGCAAGCUAAAUAUUUUAUAUCAGACUAAAUAU